AUGCCAUGUUUGGCCUCCCUCGCCGUGCGACUCAGCAGCAUCGACCAUCCGCUCAUCCGGCUCGACAUGCCGCGCAAAAAGCCCGACGACUACGAACGCGUGCGAGGCUCGAAGGCCUGCACGUUCUGCUCGCGACGCAAGAUCAAGUGCAACGGCCUCGAGCCGUGCUCGGCCUGCGAUGCUCGCUCCAUUCAGUGCGCCUAUCCACGAGCCAAGAAACGAGGGCCUCCGUCCAAACUCGAACGCCAACGCAAGCAGAACCUAGAAACCGAGGCCUCGCCCUCUGAGUCGCCAUCUUCACCGUCGAGCUCCAUCUCCCAACGUCAUCAGGCUGCCACCGAACUGCCAAGCACGCAAAGCAAACGCGCGCGCUUCGAACCAUUCGAUCGUCACACCCAUGGCGGUGCUUCUCCUCGCUUCAAAUCGGCGCUCGAGAGCCUUGCGGACAUGGCGCAGAUCUCGACAGCACCGUCGCCGCGGCGAGAGCCUUCGACGUUCGCGUUCGACGCCUUUGCUCUGACGGCUUCACUCGGAUCCCAGCUCAGCACCAGCAGCGCAUACUCGCCGUUCUCGAGUCAUGGCCAGCACGCUUCGAUCCCCUCCACAGCCAGGUCUGACCUCGCCCCGCCCGUGCUGAGCGACCGCACCUUUGAGGCAGACAAAAGCCUCGCAUUCCAGCCCGCCGACGUCUCGUUCGAAGUUGAGGCAAACGUUCCGUCGCAGAUGCAGAGUCCGGUGCACGAGCUCAGCACGCAGGUCGUCGACCAGCUCCUCACCAUCUACCAGUACUUUGUCCACCUGCACUGGCCGAUCAUCUAUCUACCUUCGCUCAGCAGCCUGCGUGUCUUGGCACAGUCUCAUCCGCUGCUUUUCCAUGCGGUCCUCGCCAUGGCAGCAGGCACGCAGGACAGUUGCAAUUCCGCCUCGCAACACACUCAUUUUGGCGUCGCCAGUUCGUCGGCGUCGUCUCCUUGUGUAUGCCCGCCGGGAACAGCCUCGAAACUGGUGCGAUAUCUCAAGCAGCACGUCAAGUCGCAUCACAUGGCGCGAGACAUCGAGACCGUACAAGUGCUCAUCUUGCUGGCGCUGGUGGAAAUAGGUGGGGGCCACUCGUCGGACGCGCAUCUGCACGCGACGAUGGCAUGCACCUACGCCAUCGAUCUGGGUCUGCAUCGGCAUUCUGCAGCACUGUCAUCGGACCAGUCGGCUGGCCGUGCCCAGGAGCGUUCAAGAGUGCUGUGGGGCUGCUAUGUUCUGGACAAGACGCUGGCCGCCGCGCUCGAACGUCCGAUGAUGCUGCGAGCCAGCGACAUCGAGGUGGAGCUGCCCUCGACGGACGAGAGGGACGAGUACGACAUCUUUGUCAACGACCAGUCGCGCCACUUUGUCGCUCCGGACAGGGCAGCGGGCAUGGCGGAUGUCAAGUGCCGAUGCAUCUCGUCGUUCCGUGCCUCUUGUGACCUUAUGAUGAUCCUCGAGCGCAUCCUCGUCGAUGUCUACAGCCCCAAAGCGCGACGAUCGCGUUCUGAUGGACAUUGCGAGUCGUAUCUGCUCGCAGUCGUCGAGAUCGACGGGGUGCUUCGGUCUUGGAGACAGCAUCUGUCGUCGCAUUUGCAGUGGUCGUCGGCGGACAGCGGUGGUGCAUGCCUCUCGUCCUCGCUCUUCCCAGGCAAACACCGGGUCAGUCAGUCGCAAGGCGAAGGCGACGUUCAAGACAACGUACCGCCCCAGGUGCUCACGAUGCGCGCGUGGUACUCGGCGUGCAUGCUUCUCCUGCAUCGACCGAGGCUCGCACUCGAUCAGAGCGUAAGGACGAAAAGCUUCAUAUUGCCACCCGACGGCACGGUGACACCAAAGUCGCCGCCUCGAGUAUCGGCACAAGAUGCCUCUUCGGACGACAGCGCAAGAACAGCCGCGAAACGUGCUUCCGCAGACACGUCGGCCAAGAGCAAGCAGAAAGACGUGCUUGCGAUCUCGGGUUCUAAGCUCGUGCGAGCCGCUGCGACCGAGAUCUGCAAUCUGCUGCCCAAGUACCGAUCGACAUUCAGCGUUCGGCGCAUCCCAUCCUCAUGGGUCUAUCUCAUCUUCCAAAGCGCCGUGAUCCACUCGAGUUUUCUGGAGCGCGACGAACCCAGUUCAGCAUUCGAUGGCGAAGCGCUAGAGGCCCACGAGGAUCGAGACGGAGCGGAAACCACGGGCAAGCGGCGGUCGAACGACAGCAAGCGCCUGUUCCAGCAAUGCAUUCGGAGUCUGGAGCAAAUGUCGCUGACAUGGAGAGGCGCGAGUCAUCAUGUUGCCACUCUGCGACGAGUAGCGCAGUCGUUCCGCAUCACGCGGCCUUCGACGCCCACACCUGCGCAGGAGCUGCUUUGUGACCCGCCGAACAUGCUUGUCGGUAGCGGUCCCAGCCAGGCUCCGGUCAACGAUGGCCUCGCAUCCUUCGACAUCUCGGACGCGGUAGCCAACCCGAUCUCGGUCUCAAUGCCGGCAGCCAUGACCCCCACGGAGAUGCUUACCGGGUCGGUUGGGGCACAGAACGGCAAUGCAGCGGCGACCCUCGACUGGCCCGACUUUUGGAACCAGAUGCCCGCGUCGAGCGAGGACGUGUGGGUGUGGCAGCAGUUCAUCAAUGCCUUUGGCAACGCUGCAGCCUAG